AUGGACUCGGCGCCAACCUUCGCCUGGACAAGGCCGUUUGCCCCAGCGGCCGUGCGCGGUCCGGAACCACCCGAAAAUCCUCAAAGCCGGAAAAAUUUCAGCGUCAGCCACCUCCUCGACCUUGGAGGAGGUAAGCGGCCGGUAUGAACGGGACCCCCUCGGCCGUCCCCCAACCCGCCUGGUGGCGGCAAAGCCAUGCCGGAGCCUUCGGGAGGCAGCAGCGGCAGCGAGGCAGCACCCCAGGACGGUGAGAGCCUGAGCCCAGGCCGUGGGGCAGCCAAGAGGAAGAAGAACAGGAGGAACCGCACGACCUUCAACAGCAGCCAACUGCAGGCUCUGGAGAGGGUUUUUGAGAGGACUCACUACCCUGAUGCCUUCGUGAGGGAGGAGCUGGCCAGAAGGGUGAACCUCAGCGAGGCGAGGGUCCAGGUCUGGUUUCAGAACCGAAGAGCCAAAUUUCGCCGCAACGAGAGGGCGAUGCUGGCCAACAGAUCAGCUUCACUCCUCAAAUCCUAGCAAGAAGCUGCCAUUGAGCAACCCAUGGCACCACGACCCACCACCCUCACCCCAGAGUAUCUCUCCUGGACCAGCACCUCCCCAUACAGCACUGUCCCCUCCUACAGCUCCAGUGCCUCAACCCCCACCCAAGGGUGAACAUGGCCAAACAGCAUCGCCAGCCUGCGCCUCAGCAAAGAGUUCAGCCUCCAUCAGAACCAGGUGCCAACCGUGAACUGAGCAGGGCAAAGCCCUCCCUGUGGUCUCAGCUGGGAUUCAGCAGGAGCACCCAAGCCAGUCCAGGAUUGAGUCCACCACCCACCCACCCCACUCAUCCAGUGUCUCAGCACCUCUUCUUUCCUCUUCCCUUCUGAAGGUAGAGUCAGUCCCAAGCUGCAGGACACAGCACACAGCCACAUAUGGAGCAGGACUGGUUAGGAGCUGGCUUUGCUGCACACCCCUAUAAUAAAGGCUAUAUAUACACACACAUACCCCCCGCCGGCUCUUCGAGGACAGACAGACUUGCCAAGGGAGCAAAGAAUUUGCUUCCAAACAUGGAAGGAUCUUGGGACUAUUGGAUUUGACCAAUUUGGGUAUCUUGCCCGGAGAGCCAAAGAGUUAUCGGGUUUUCUCCUCCCGCGGCGGAAGGGUCCUGAGCCCACCAGCCCAUGGUGCUCAACCACACCUUCUGAACCCGACCCACACCUUCACCUCCUUGUGCAUCCCAUCUGCAACCUUUGGGAAAGACUUUGAAUGCCAACAGCUCAUCCUUGCCAUGGACUGUCCCCGACCAAGCACCGUGCUGCUUGCAUUUAGGAGCUGCCUCUCCCCAUGGCAUUGGGAUUUAUCCCAUCCCGGAGGUGCCGGGAGGGUUGGGGCAUCCCGGACAGAUUUUCUGGGAGCUUGGAGCAUUUCCUACCAGCUGGAAGGAGGGGGGAUGAGCACGGCCGGUCCCCGGCAGGCACCACUGCCCUGCCUGGGUGGGUUUGCCAGCGAUCCCGCAGAGCCCCAGGGCAUUGAACCAGCCCGGGGAAAGAGCAAAUUGGAAAAAGCUGUUGGGUUUCAGCUGAGUAGGCGGCUCCCAGCCCUUCGUGCCAACGGCAAAGCAGAGGCUGAGCCUUCCGGAGGCACAAACCCUCCCCCCUCCCGCAAUGCCGCAGAUGUGCGGGGCUCUGGGGCUGCCGGCUCCGCAGGGGGGGGGGGGGAGGAGGCGGGGGGGCUGCUUUCGGUUUUGCUGAAAGGAAAUUGGUUUCCACCCUCCCCCCGC